GCGUCACGGCCGCGCUCGCCUCCUGCGGUGGGAGUGGACGGCGCGCCGUUGUUGGCGCUCGCCUGGCUGCCGGCAUGUUCGUUCCGUGCGACGCCGCCGCCGGGCCCGACCUGCGGGGCUUCACGCUGCUCGCGCCCGCAGUAUCAGUGGGAAAUGUUGGUCAGCUGGCAAUAGACCUAGUGAUUUCCACACUAGGCAUGACUAAAGUUGGCUACUUCUACACUGAUUGUCUUGUGCCAAUGGUUGGGAAUAAUCCAUAUGCAACUGCAGAAGAAAACUCAACGGAGCUGAGCAUAAAUGCUGAAGUAUAUUCGCUGCCUUCAAGGAAACUUGUAGUUCUGCAAAUCAGAUCACCUUUUAUAAAGAACAAAUACAGAGCAUUUUCUGAAGCAUUGCUUGACUGGGUGCUAAGCAGCAAAUGUGCCAGAGUUAUUCUUCUGUCUAGCAGCCAUGCAUACCAGCGUGACGAUGAGCAACUUCUUGGGACUCCACUGCGCUACUUACUUACACCUGCACUUGAGGAAUCAGUAGCAGGCCUUAUGCAGGGAUUAAAAUGGAAAGAAAUGGAAAAAGUAGCAGCCUACCCUGGAGUAAACGAUACAGAGAAAAUUCUAAAUAUACCUGGAGGUGGCAUCACAAAACUGCUGUUUACCGAGUGUUGUUCAAAAGGAAUCCAAAUGGCAGUUCUUCUGAAAUUCUGCUCUGAAGGGGACAAUAUCCCUGAUGCAUUUGCUCUUGUUAACUAUCUUAAUGAAUGGCUCCAGYUAAUUAAAUGUGAAAGCAACAAUUCUACAGCUACUUCUCCACAGUGGAAAAUACCAAGUUCUUGGCGCUUGCUUUUCGGCAGCGGUCUCCCACCUGCGCUCUUCUAAUUGCUUCUGGGUUUUCCUGCAAGCCUCCCCUUUACGUGUAACAUCCCCCGAGAAGAUGGUUGCUCAGUAAUUGCCAAGCAACAGCAGCUUGCUUUGCUGUGKACAUAAAUAUUCUUUAUAUAAGAAGAAAAUUCCUUUUGCAUAUUAGGCCUAUUGACCAAAGAAAUAUGGUUUGUACAGCUGUUUAUGGGAAUACUGUUCUUUUU